CAGAAUACGUUUAGGCGUCUUGAAAUAAUAAAUAAGCAAUCACAUAGGGUUAUUGCAACUCGCUCACCCCUCCCCAUAAUGUCUUUUUCAACAUUAGCCUUAAUCUUGGCCCUCCUUGGAACUGUCUGUGCCGUUAUCCACGCCUUUCGCACCACCUUAUCCCCAUCAAACCGCCACAAAAAUGACAGGAAACUUCCACCUGGUCCCCGCGCCCUACCUAUAAUCGGCAACCUCCAUAUGCUAGGGAAGCUUCCACAUCAAAACCUUCACCAUCUAGCCAAAAGAUAUGGGCCCAUAAUGUCACUAAGGCUCGGCUACGUACCAACAAUCGUGGUAUCUUCACCUCAAGCCGCUGAACAAUUCCUAAAAACCCAUGAUCUUGUUUUUGCUAGCAGGCCUAAAGUCCAAUCAUCGCAGUACUUGUCGUAUGGUGCUAAGGGCAUGGCUUUCACCCAGUACGGUUCCUAUUGGCGAACUGUUCGGAAGUGGUGUACUUUGCAUCUCCUUAGUGCUUCAAAAGUUGAAUAUUUUGCCCCGGUAAGGAAGGCGGAGCUGCGGUCGUUGGUUGAAUCAAUAAAGAAGGCAGCGGUGGCGGGGAAGACGGUGGACCUUAGCAGAAAGGUAGGUAAGCUUAUUGAAGAAAUCAUGUCUAAAGUUAUUUUGGGACGCUCCUUGGAUGAUGGAUUCGACUUGAAGCUGCUAAUUGAAGAGGCCAUGCACUUGUCGGGAGUUUUUAAUCUAUCGGAUUAUUUGCCUUAUCUUGCUCCUCUUGACCUUCAGGGAUUUGCACGAAGGCUCAAAAAGACGAGCAAGGCCAUUGAUAAAUAUUUUGAGAAAAUAAUCGAUGAACAUGAACAAGAGGCUAAUCUCAAUGAACGAAAGCCUCAUAGAGAUUUCGUUGAAGUGAUGGUUUCAUUGUUGAACAAACCCAUGAACCCUUACGAUGAUGAAGGUCAAGCAUACAUAACUGACAGAAAAAACAUCAAGGCUAUAAUAUUGGACAUGAUUGCAGCUUCAUUUGACACUUCAUCUGCAAUCAUUGGGUGGACAUUUUCAGAACUCCUAAGGCAUCCCCGAGUGAUGGUUGGUCUUCAACAAGAGCUAGAAACCGUCGUGGGAAGGAAUAGAAUGGUGGAAGAGUCGGAUCUAACGAAACUAACAUACUUGGACAUGGUUGUGAAAGAGAGCCUGAGGUUGCAUCCAGUUGCACCAUUGCUAGUUCCACGUGAGUCCAUGGAAGAUGUCACUAUCGAUGGAUAUUUCAUACCAAAGAAGUCACGAAUCCUGGUGAAUACUUGGUCCAUGGCAAGAGACCAAAACGUAUGGUCGGAUAAUGCUGAAGAAUUUGUUCCAGAAAGGUUCAUUGGUAGCAAUAUAGACCUUCGGGGACAUGAUUUCCAACUCAUUCCGUUUGGAUCAGGUCGUAGAGGAUGCCCUGGUUUGCAGUUAGGCCUACUCACUGUGCGUCUAGUAAUAGCUCAAUUAGUCCAUUGCUUUCACUGGGAGUUACCCGAUGGGAUGCUGCCUAAUGAACUGGACAUGAGCGAAAAGUUUGGCCUCUCAUUGCCAAGGGCUAAUCAUUUGUUUGCUAAGCCAGUGUAUCGUUUGUUUGUUCCACCUGGUCCCCGCGCCCUACCUAUAAUCGGCAACCUCCAUAUGCUAGGGAAGCUUCCACACCAAAACCUUCACCAUCUAGCCAAAAGAUAUGGCCCCAUAAUGUCACUAAGGCUCGGCUACGUACCAACAAUCGUGGUAUCUUCCCCUCAAGCCGCUGAACAAUUCCUCAAAACUCAUGAUCUUGUUUUUGCUAGCAGGCCUAAAGUCCAAUCCUCGGAGUACUUGACGUAUGGUGCCAAGGGCAUGGCUUUUACCCAGUACGGUUCCUAUUGGCGAACUGUUCGGAAAUGGUGUACUUUGCAUCUCCUUAGUGCUUCAAAAGUUGAGCAUUUUGCCCCGGUAAGGAAGGCGGAACUUGGAUCAUUGGUUGAGUCAAUGAAGAAGGCGGCGGCGGCGGGGGAGACGGUGGACCUUAGCGGAAAGGUAGGUGAGCUUAUUGAAGAAAUCAUGUCUAAAGUUAUCUUGGGACGCUCCAUGGAUGAUGGAUUCGACUUGAAGCCGCUAAUUGAAGAAACCAUGCAUUUGUCGGGGGUUUUUAAUCUAUCGGAUUAUUUGCCUUAUCUUGCUCCACUUGACGUUCAGGGAUUUACACGAAGGCUCAAAAAGACGAUUAAGGCCCUUGAUACAUUUUUUGAGAAAAUAAUCAAUGAACAUGAACAAGAGAUUAAUCUUGAGGAACGAAAGCCUCCGAGAGAUUUCGUUGAUGUGAUGGUUUCAUUGAUGAACAAACCCAUGAACCCUCACGAUGACGAAGGUCAAGCAUACAUGAUUGACAGAAAAAACAUCAAGGCUAUAAUGGUGGACAUGAUUGCAGCUUCAUUUGACACGUCAGCCACAGCCAUUGAGUGGACAUUUUCAGAGCUUUUAAGGCAUCCUCGAGUGAUGGUUGGUCUUCAAAAAGAGCUAGAAACCGUGGUGGGAAGGAAUAGAAUGGUGGAAGAGUCGGAUCUACCGAAGCUAACAUAUUUGGACAUGGUUGUGAAAGAGAGCCUGAGGUUGCAUCCGGUUGCACCAUUCCUAGUUCCACGUGAGUCCAUGGAAGAUGUCACUGUCGAUGGAUAUUUCAUACCAAAGAAGUCACGAAUCCUGGUGAAUACUUGGUCUAUGGCAAGAGACCAAAACGUAUGGUCGGAUAAUGCUGAAGAAUUUGUUCCAGAAAGGUUCAUUGGUACCAAUAUAGACCUUCGGGGACAUGAUUUCCAACUCAUCCCGUUUGGAUCAGGUCGUAGAGGAUGCCCUGGUUUGCAGUUAGGCCUACUCACUGUGCGUCUAGUUAUAGCUCAAUUAGUCCAUUGCUUUGACUGGGAGUUGCCUGAUGGGAUGCUGCCUAAUGAACUGGACAUGAGCGAAAAGUUUGGCCUCUCAUUGCCAAGGGCUAAUCAUUUGUUUGCAAUUCCAGUUUAUCGUUUGCUUGAUAAAGGAGCGUAAAACAAGGGCACGCUCAAUGCACCAUUGAGAUUGAAAAAGUGAUAUGUUGGUAAUAUUCAAAUUAGUGAUUAAAUAAGGUUACUUUUCAGGCGUUGUUACGGGUGUUGAUUUUUAUAACUUGUUAUUUUAACUAUAUGUAAGUUAUAAUUAAAUGGACUGAAUAUGUAUGAACAAUUUGUAAUAUCUGAAAUCGUUCAAUAAGAAAUAAUCAUGACAUAAGUAAUAAUCCUAGUAUAAUAACAGCAAGCCAUAACAUAGUUUAGUUGCUCAAAUCAAAACCUGUAUUACAAUUUUAAUGGAUAAGGAUCUCACCUAUUCGAAUUUUAAUGAAUAGAAUUUUUUUAAUGAAGUUGAGUGAAUGAAUGAAGAGACCCUAUUUAUAGUGAUGAAGGAAUUUAUGUUAAUACAGAGCAAAUUAUGUGAUUUUUCUUAUUUGAAAUUGGGGUUCAUGCCAAAUUCAAUAUAUAUAAUCAAUAUCAAUAUCCGUUUUUUUUGUAAGAUGGAUUUGGCAAAUUUCGAAACCAUUUUAGAAUUUGGAAAGGGGA